AUGGUGUCUCAACAGUCAAGCAGCACGGAUGACGGCAGCAUGGAUGACGAGACCGUGAGUCUCCUUACUCACCUCCAGUGCGAGCCACCUACCCUACAUAUCAACCAGCAUUUUUGCCCCCCAGGCGACAAUACCAAGAGUCAGAACUACAAAUAUUCGGAUAUCACAACCAUCCGAGACUGGGACGGUUUCGCCUUGCCAGAGAUCAAGUCGAACUUUCAAAGUCUCCUGAUGCAAGCCGAAAUUGUUCCGAGGCUUCCCUCAACCACUCCCCGAGAGAUCAAUUCUGAGUUAGAACUUGCGUACAUUUUCGCUGAGACGGUGCAUCCCCUCGUUAGAAGAGGCCUCCUUUGUGGGUUUGAGGAUCUCGGGGCAGACGAGCUACUCGAAGAGGAGGGCCGCACACCGGUCAUCCUUGGGAGUAGCGGCGAUCUGCACACUCCAAGAGAAAAGGGCUACCCUGACUUGAUGUUCUGGUCUGAAAACGAGAACAGGCUUGAAAGACAUGGUCGCCUGCCCGGGGACAUCAAGCUAUCUCAUAAAUGGAAUAUGGAUAUGAGAUACAGCAAUCGGCAUUUGCAGAACGAAUUCAGACAAGUCCUCUCCCAGGUCAAUUUCUACAUGGUGCAAACUGUGGCUCGGUAUGGAUUCGUUCUGACUGAUCGAGAGUUGGUCGUCAUUCGCAGAUCCACAGAUAAGGAUGGGAAUUCGAUCAAGGGGAGUUUGGACUUGGCGAAGCCUAUCCCGUGGAACUCGGGAUUGCCAGCUUAUGACCCAACCAGCGGGAACCAGCGGGCAAGAAGAGUGCGAUUCACAGUACCACUUGCUCUGUGGUAUCUAGGAAUGAUGGCAUCCAAUGAUGAAGAUUGGGGUUUGUGGUAA